AUGGAUGCUAAGGAUUUAAGUUUGGUACCGGAUUUAGUGCUUCUGUACAAGUUUAAAAUGCAAGAUUUCGAGAAAUAUAAUGGGACCACCUGCCCUGAAGCCCACAUUACUAUGUUUUGUAGGCGAAUGACUGGGUAUGUCAAUAACGACCAGUUAUUGAUACACUGUUUUCAGGAUAGCCUCACGGGGGCUGCGUCAAAAUGGUAUAAUCAAUUAAGCCGUGCUAAGAUUAGCUCUUGGAGGGAUUUAGCACAGGCUUUUAUGAAGCAGUACGGUCAUGUAGUAGAAAUGGUUCAUGAUAGGAUCACUUUACAGAACAUGGAGAAAAAGUCGAAUGAAUGUUUUAGACAAUAUGCUCAGAAGUGGAGAGAGGUGGCAGUGCAGGUCCAACCACCGCUUCUUGAAAGAGAAAUGACGAUGCUUUUUUUAAAUACGCUAAAGGCCCCUUUCAUCACACACAUGCUAGGCAGUGCCACGAAAAAUUUUGCUGACAUAGUCAUGAGCGGUGAGAUGAUUGAAAGUGCUGUAAAAAGCGGGAAGAUAGAUGUUGAAGAUAAUAACAGAAGACAAAAUUCAAAGAAAAAAGAAGGUGAGGUAAACAACGUGAAUACACAUAGCAAGUCAAUUACGGUGAAUCAGCCUAGAAAGGUGGUGGCAGGUCAACAGGGUUCAUCAAAACAGGAAUCUGGUACAAGGCCAAGUAAUGAGAGGCCUCAGCUUACACCCAUUCCUAUGUCGUACAAAGAGUUGUAUCAGAAUUUAUUUAACGCGCAUGUUGUUGCCCCAUUUUAUUUGACCCCCUUACAGCCUCCAUAUCCUAAAUGGUAUGACGCAAAUGCACAAUGUGAUUACCAUGCAGGUGUUACGGGGCACUCCAUAGAGCAUUGUACUGCUUUUAAAAAGCUUGUUGAGAAGUUGAUUCAGAUAGGCGUUGUCAAGAUAGAUGAUUCAUCAGGUACAGAAAAUCCAUUACCAAAACAUACUGAUGCAAGGGUAAACAUGGUAGGUGAAGUUACGGGGAAGAAGGUCAAGAAGAAUAUUGAGGAGGUAAGGAUCCCUUUGAGGAGGGUUUGGAAGGAAAUGGUAAGAAGAGGGUUGAUUGUUUCGGAUGUGGUGGAGAGUGACGAGACCCAAAAUUAUUGUGAGUUCCAUCAUGAGGUAGGACAUGAAAUUCAAGUAUGUGAGAAGUUCAGAGCUCUGGUCCAGAGCAUGAUGGAUGUUGGAGAAAUGGAGUUUUUUGAAGAGGAAGAAAGAAAAGGAAGUAUAUGCGUAUCGGAGUCAGAGACGAGGAUUCCGAAGAUUAUCAUCUCGCGCCCUAGGGUUACUGAAGUCAAGACAUGGGUGACACCGAAGAUUGUUAUUCAAAAGCCGACGAAGUUUUUGUAUAAGAAUAGCAAGAAAGUCCCCUGGAAUUAUGAAUGCGAGAUAACAAUUUCGGGGAAGGAAGCUUCAAUUAGUGUUGCGAAAGAAAACCAAAAGACAGGUAUUCGUGUGAAUACUGAGAAGCAUGGUAGUGGGAUAAAUUCUCAGGCAGAAUCAGUAGAGGGAAAAGUCUUUGCAGCAGAGCAAAAGGAAGAGUAG